AUGGCCCCUCCAUCUCCUCUUCCUCACCAAAAUAUACCCAACCCCCAAGCUCCCUAUACUCCACACCCGCAACUUCCUCCAAGCUCCAGUAGGCUACCGUGCGCAGCAGCUCCAGCCCAAGCUCAGGCCACCCAACGCCUUGCCCGCGCACGGGCAGCAGAGAAAAUUUGGAAAUUCAUGCUAGUGUUUCAUAUUCACAUCAGAGAGUACUCAAAGAUGGUAGCAGUAGCACUUUAUAUCAAAAAUUACAAUGGAGCAUUAUUUCGCCAAUACCCUGGACCAUGA